CUCAGCCUUCUCGCCAACGUCUCCAUUCUGACUUUCAUCAACACACACGCAACUUCCUUCCUUGAUCCAGAUCCACUGAGAAUGAGCGUGCUAACGGCAAUGCCACGGCGGGCAUGGCGCUCAGUGGCGCAGCUGGUCGCUGGGACUGGACUCGGGUCGAGGUUGGCAUCCGGCAGCUCGACCGGCGCCACACUGCUGCCUGGAUCAUCGUCGCUUGCGAUCGGCAUGCCUGGUGAGCACCAUAUUGGUAGCGGUGGUGGCGUCGACGACGCGGCGGACGACGAGGACGAGACUGGCGCAAUGGAAAUGCACUACAGCUCGAGCGCGACUCGCCGUGGAGCGACCGCCGCUGCGUCGUUCUGCCAUGCCGUGGCUGCAUCGUCAGUGUGCUCGGAAGGCACUGCCGACGCGCCGGCGUCCGAGCGCGCAGAUCCACAGCUGAUGACGCCAAACCGAUUGCCGAGCCUGGGAAAGCUCAAGUCCGCUGAAGUCAACGGGACGACAAGUGCAUCCUCGAGCGGAGUGUCAUCAACUGGUAGCGCUGGUGGCAACAUGGAGCACCAAGGCCAGCAUGGAUUGUCGUUUGGCAGCCUGGAAAACAAGAACUUUGAUAUCGAAGCUGGCAGACUCCCAUCUUUGGCAGCCUACGACCCGCCUACGGCAGUAUACGGACGAUGGCUGGUCGCGGAUCCAUGCGGGCUGGUGUGUGCCAUCAUCACGCAGAUGCUCGUCAUGUACGCGUGGGGCGUGAUGAUUUUCUUUGUGUGCAGUGACGGAUUUUACGAGCUCGGCUGGGACACGCUCCACAUUGUUGCGUUUUCAACGGGCUGCUUUAUGGCACAGUGGUCGCAUCUGAAGGCAAUGAUGUCCAAUCCUGGCACUGUCCCGCGCGGGCUUCCGGACUUUGUCAUGGAGAAGAUUGACCGCACAAACCCGAUUGCUGUCAACAACGAGAUUGUGACCAACUGCGUCCGCUGCAACAACUACAAGCCGACUCGCGCACAUCAUUGCAGUGUGUGUCGGCGGUGCGUUCGGAAGAUGGAUCACCACUGUCCAUGGAUUAACAAUUGUGUCGGACAGGCCAACCACAAGUACUUUUUGCAGUUCGUGUCUUACAUUCUCACAAUUUGUAUUUAUCUUUUGGUGACCAUUUCGGUCAAGGCCAUUAUUUGCGUUCGCAGUAGAUGGGUCGGGUGCGAAAAGUGGGCGAUGGCAAGCGGAGGCGCAGCGCUGAUCAUCUCGGUCAUGUUCGAAGCCGCUUUGUUUGGGCUCUUUACGUCGAUCAUGCUGGUCGACCAGGUGUGCAACCUGUCGCAGGACGAAACCGGCAUCGAGCGGCUGCAACGACCCAUGGCGACGGUCGUUUCCCAAAUCACCGACGCCAAGAAGAAGCGCAGGCGAAAGCAGAGCACUGUUCAAGCGCUCGUUGAGGUGUUUGGCUCCGACCCUGGAUGGCUUUGGCUGCUUCCUGUGCGUCCCGUCCAUCCGCGAUACAGUGCAUCGCGGCUGGUGGCUCUAUGAUGAUUUGUGCAUUGCCGUUUGUUGUCGUUUGGGUUUGUGUGAAUGAAUGAAUUGUUUUUCUCUCAGCGUUG